UUUCCCCCCCAGCCUGGGGCUGGGGCUGAGCAGACGGACCAGGAGCUCUCGAGGUGUCUGGAGGCCCAGUGAGCCCCGGACCCAGGAGGCCCAAGGAGCUGGAGGUGACCCUGAGGCAGCAAGACCCCAGAGGAAGGGCGCACGCCUCGCAGACGACUGUGUGGCACCCCAGGCUGGGCUCCUGUUAGGAGGGGGUGCCUGUGCCCAGGCAGCGGCUCAGAGGCAGCAGCUCCAUGCAGAGCUGAAGCUGGUCCUGCAGCAGAAGGGAGAGAGGAAGCAGCAGCCUGGGGCCCAGGGGACUCCCAGGAGCGCAAUGGAGGCCCGAAGCCGGAGUGCCGAGGAGCUGAGGCGGGCGGAGUUGGUGGAGAUCAUCGUGGAGACGGAGGCGCAGACGGGGGUCAGCGGCAUCAACGUGGCGGGCGGCGGCAAGGAGGGAAUCUUCGUCCGCGACCUGCGCGAGGAUUCGCCCGCCGCCAGGAGCUUCAGCCUGCAGGAAGGGGACCAGCUACUGAGCGCCCGCGUGUUCUUCGAGAACUUCAAAUACGAGGACGCACUACGCCUGCUGCAAUGCGCCGAGCCUUACAAGGUCUCCUUCUGCUUGAAGCGCACUGUGCCCACCGGGGACCUGGCGCUGCGGCCGGGGACCGUGGCUGGCUACGAGAUCAAGGGCCCGCGGGCCAAGGUGGCCAAGCUGAACAUCCAGAGUCUGUCCCCUGUGAAGAAGAAGAAGAUGUUGGUGCCUGGGGCCCUGGGGGUCCCUGCAGACCUGGCCCCCAUUGAUGUCGAAUUCUCCUUUCCCAAGUUCUCCCGUCUGCGUCGGGGCCUCAAAGCCGAGGCUGUCAAGGGCCCUGUCCCAGCCGCCCCCACCCGCCGGCGCCUUCAGCUGCCUCGGCUCCGCGUCCGAGAAGUGGCUGAAGAGGCCCAGGCAGCCCGGCUGGCGGCCGCUGCUCCUCCCCCUAGGAAGGCCAAAGCGGAGGCUGAGGUGGCAGCAGGAGCCCGUUUCACAGCCCCCCAGGUGGAGCUGGUUGGGCCCCGGCUGCCAGGUGCCGAAGUGGGUGUCCCCCAGGUCACGGCCCCCGCAGCGGAGGCAGUCAGCGGCUUUGCCCUCCACCUGCCGACCCUUGGGCUGGGAGCCCCACCUGUACCUGCCGUGGAGCCUGCAGCCGUGGGGAUCCAGGUCCCCCAAGUGGAGCUGCCUCCCUUGCCUUCGCUACCCACUCUGCCCUCACUGCCCUGCUUGGAGACCCGGGAAGGGGCUGUGUCAGUGGUGGUGCCCACCCUGGACGUGGCAGCGCCUUCAGUGGGGGUGGACCUGGCCUUGCCGGGCGCAGAGGUGGAGGCCCCAGGAGAGGCUCCUGAGGUGGCCCUGAAGAUGCCCCGCCUCAGUUUCCCCCGCUUUGGGGCUCGAGCAAAGGAAGUUCCUGAGGCCAGGGUGAAGGGGCCCAGACUUCGGAUGCCCACCUUUGGGCUUUCUCUCCUGGAGCCCCAGCCUGCUGCCCCUGAAGCCGUUGUCGAGAGCAAGCUGAAGCUGCCCACCAUCAGGAUGCCCUCCCUUGGCAUCGGGGUCUCGCCACCUGAGGUCAAGGCGCCCAAGGGGCCCGAGGUGAAGCUCCCCAAAGUGCCUGACGUCAAGCUCCCCAAAGUGCCCGAGGCAGCCCUUCCAGAAGUGCGACUCCCAGAGGUGGAGCUCCCAAAAGUGUCGGAGAUGAAGCUCCCGAAGGUGCCCGAGAUGGUUGUGCCAGAGGUGCGGCUUCCAGAAGUCCAGCUGCCGAAAGUCCCCGAGGUGAAGCUCCCGAAGGUGCCCGAGAUGGCCGUGCCCCAGGUGCACCUCCCAGAAGUACAGCUGCCGAAGGUGCCCGAGAUGAAGCUCCCUGAGAUGAAGCUCGCGAAGGUGCCCGAGAUGAAGCUCGCGAAGGUGCCCGAGAUGAAGCUCCCCGAGACGAAGCUCCCAAAGAUGCCCGAGAUGGCCGUGCCAGAGGUUCGACUCCCGGAGGUGCAGCUGCCGAAAGUCCCUGAGGUGAAGCUCCCAAAGGUGCCCGAGAUGGCCGUGCCAGAGGUUCGACUCCCGGAGCUGCAGCUGCCAAAAGUCCCCGAGGUGAAGCUCCCCGAGGUGAAGCUCCCCGAGGUGAAGUUCCCGAAGGUGCCCGAGAUGGCCGUGCCAGAGGUUCGACUCCCGGAGGUGCAGCUGCCAAAAGUCCCAGAGAUGAAAGUCCCCGACGUGCAACUCCCCGAGAUGAAGCUCCCAGAGUUAAAACUUCCCAAGGUGCCUGAGAUGGCCGUGCCCGACGUGCAACUCCCAGAGGUGCAGCUGCCGAAGGUGCCGGAGAUGCGGCUGCCGGAAGUGCAGGCGCCCAAGGUCCCGGAUGUGUGUCUUCCGAAGGUCCCCGAGGUGAAGCUGCCCAAGGCUCCGGAGGUGGAGCUCCAAGUUCCCGGGGCAGAGCAGGCAGAGGGGAUGGAAUUUGGCUUCAAGAUGCCCAAGAUGACCAUGCCCAAGCUAGGGAGGGCGGGGUCCCCCUCACGAGGCAAGCCAGGCGAGGCAGGGGCUGAGGUCUCGGGGAAGCUAGCGACACUUCCCUGUCUGCAGCCAGAGGUGGGCGGCGAGGCUCGUGUGGGUGUCCCCUCUCUCACACUGCCCUCAGUGGAGCUGGACCUGCCAAGGGCUCUCAGCCUGGAGAGGCAGGUCCCAGCAGCCGAAGUGGGCAAGGCGGAGCGGGCAGAGGGCCCCAGAGUGGCAGCAGGGGUCGGGGAACUGGCCUUCCGGAUGCCCUCUGUGGAGAUUGUCACUCCACAGCUGCCCACCUUGGAGGCUGAGGAAGGGCGGCUGGAGGUGACAGAGACGAAAGGCAAGCCCUCUUCCAAGUUCUCCCUGCCCAAAUUUGGACUCUCGGGGCCAAAGGUGGCCAAGGCAGAGGCCGAGGGGGCUGGGCGGGCCACCAAGCUGAAGGUGUCCAAAUUUGCCAUCUCACUCCCUAAGGCUCGGGCGACCGAUGCUGAGGCCAAAGGGGCGGGGGAGGCCAGCCUGCUGCCCGCCCUCGAUCUGUCCAUCCCACAGGUCGGCCUGGAUGCCCAUCUGCCCUCGGGCAAGGUGGAGGUGGCAGGGGCUGAUGUCAAGCUCAAGGGGCCCCGGUUCGCUCUGCCCAAGUUUGGGGUCAGAGGCCGGGACCCCGAGGCAGGAGAACUAGUGCCAGGGGCGGCCGAGCUGGAGGGCAAGGGCUGGAGUUGGGAUGGGAAGGUGAAGAUGCCCAAGCUGAAGAUGCCCUCCUUUGGGCUGGCUCGAGGAAAGGAAGCAGAAAUCCAAGGUGAGCGUGUCAGCCCCGGAGAAAAGCCAGAGUCCACAGCUGGGCAGCUGAAGAUCCCCGAGGUGGAGCUGGUCACGCUGGGGGCCCAGGAGGAAGGGGGCGCAGAGGGGGCGGUGGCCGUCAGCAGAGUACGGCUAUCGGGGCUGCAGGUAUCCACGACCAGGCGGGUGGGCACUGAGGGCCAGGACGCGGGUCUGAGGAUGCCUCUGGGCAUCUCCCUGCCCCAGGUGGAGCUGGCCAGCUUUGGGGAGGCCACCCCGGGGCAGCAGGCUGAGAGUGCAGCCCCUCCAGCAGAGGGCACGGCAGGUUACAGGGUCCAGGUGCCUCAGGUGACCUUGUCUCUGCCUGGAGUCCAGACGGCCAGUGGUGAGCUGUUGGUGGGCGAGGGCGUCUUCAAGAUGCCUGCUGUGACAGUGCCCCAGCUUGAGUUGGACGUGGGACUGAGCCGAGAGGCACAGGUGGGUGAGGCAGCGACAGGCGAGGGUGGGCUGAGGCUGAAGAUGCCCACGCUGGGGGCCAGAGCUGGGGCUGGGGGAGAGGGGCCUGGGGAGCAGCCCCCAGGGCCCGAGCGCACCUUCCGCCUUUCGCUGCCCGACGUGGAGCUCUCGCCGCCCGCCGUGGGCAGCCACGCGGAGUACCAGGUGGCAGAGGUCGAGGGGGAUGCUGGGCACAAGCUCAAGGUGCGGCUGCCCCGGUUUGGCCUGACGCGGGCCAAGGAGGGGGUUGAGGAGGGUGAGAAGGCCAAGAGCCCCAAACUCAGGCUGCCCCGCGUGGGCUUCAGCCAGAGCCAGUCAGUCACUGGGGAAGGCUCCCCCAGCCCAGAGGAGGAGGAAGAGGAGGGUGGCGGGGAAGGGGCCUCCGGGCGCCGAGGUCGCGUCCGAGUCCGCUUGCCCCGUGUGGGCCUGGCUAACCCUUCCAAAGCCUCUCGGGGGCAGGAGGGCGAGGCAGCCCCCAAGUCCGCUGGUGGGGAGAAGUCCCCCAAGUUCCGCUUCCCCCGAGUGGCCCUAAGCCCCAAGGCCCCGAGCAGGAGUGGGGAGCAGGAAGAGAGUGGAUUCCGGGUUCGGCUGCCCAGCGUGGGGUUUUCCGAGACAGGGGCUCCAGGCCCCACCAGGAUGGAGGGGGCUCAGGCUGCUGUCAUCUGAAGCCCCUGGGCAGAGGGAGACCCCACUCCCAUCUUCCCGUCUGCCUGCCCCUUGUUUUGUGUGUGAGAUAACUAGCACUAACCCCAGAGGGCCGGGAGGUGGACGACUGACCAGGGCAGGGCUGGGGAGGCCUCGUGUCCAGCUCGUUGGCAGGAGUGCCUGUAUCUUGCCAAGCCAUGUGAAUAAAGUAAUCCAGAGGUA